AUGCCUCAUAAAGCGGAACCUGAGGUAGCGGCCUCAAAUAGCGUUUACGCAGUCCACGAUAGAAUGUCAACCAACUCCCGUAAAGCCGACAAUGACGACAUACGGAAGACAUCUCGACUCAUCCUAGAUAUUAUAUUCGAAUACGCCUUGAACAAAUUCGAUGACUCCAAGGAUAGGCUGGAAGCGGGUGCUGACCAUUUCCUAGACGUAAUUGACCGUUUCGUGGCUGAGGGAAAGCGUGUGGAUUCAUGUCUCCCUGCGUUCCCUUUCAAGUCUGCAAACAAAGUGUACAAAGUACUGGGAACUCUGCCUGACAUGGCCGAGCAAUUGGCCCUUGAACGGCUAAAUACCAUGUGUGCACGUAUACGGGAUAUAUACCCACCGGGUGCCCAAGUUACCAUCAUUUCGGACGGUAUCACAUAUAACGAUCUUCUUUCAAUCUCUGACCAAGAUACCUGGGCUUAUGGGGAGGCUCUACGCAAGAUGGCGAUUGAUAAGAAGUUCAUUUAUAUCCAGUUUUCUAGAAUGAAGGAUCUGCUAGACUUCCCCCUCCCUGAGAAGCUCACUGAAAUUACAUAUGUUGCGAACUGCACAACCUUUCGCCGCCUGCUCAUAAAUCGAUAUGGCAGGGAUGAUCUUGACAUUGAUCAGGAAAUUACGGCAAACCCUGAUACAAAGCUCACCUAUCUUGGGUACAAGAGGUUCUUAGAGUCUGAUCUGAAGCACAUCUUCCCUCGUGGUGUCGGCCGCAGCGCUCAUAGCUAUAAGAGGGACUGCAAAUACUUGGCCAAACAGAUGCUCAUGCGAGGUUAUGCUUUUGCUGGUGCAGUCAAGAACGCUUUCCCCAACCAUUUACGACUCUCCAUUCAUGAGUCAGUUGGGUUGAACAAAGUCUCCGUGUGCUUGUUGAAUACCAAAACCGGGUUUACAACACCAUGGCAUUGCGCCGUUGCCCAAUUGGCUGAUGGUGAAUGGGUUAGCGCUCCCAUGGGUGAAUUUGCCAAAGACAGCAGGCUAGAGGUUGUAUAUGUUGAUGGUCGCCCCAGCCAUUAUAGAGAGAAGCUUCGUGAGAAUGGUGUUUCAGCCAUUACUGAGUCAACUGCAAGUUAUCUUCAAGCAGCUCGGCCUGUGAAUGCUACUGGAUAUCUUAGUGGUGCAUCAACUCCGGGAACUGCCUCACCUAGCUCUUUUUCGGCAUCUCCACCUCGCACAACCGUCCGAAGCAGUGGUGGCACCACCCCUGAAUCUGAAUCCCCUCCCACCUUACACAAAAGCGGCCUUGGGGUUGUGAUAGGCAACGAUAUGAAUAAUCUUAAUGUGCCGAAAAAAUCGAAUGUGCUACCAUCAGUGCCUUAUGGCAAGCGGCUGAUCCCACAGAUCAUGGACGAACUGGCGGUUUCCCAGCCUGAGAGAGUUGUAUUCUCAUUGGCAUCUCUUUCUGGCAAUGAUCUAGUGUUUAGAGAAAUAACCGCCUGUGCAUUCAAUAAGGCUGUUGACAAAACCGCCUGGUGGCUUCGGAACCAAGUUGGAAUACCUGACUCUGUGCAACCUGUUGGCUACAUUGGUCCACAUGACCUGCGACACGUUCUCUUGACUUACGCCUGUGUCAAAGCUGGCUACGCUGCUCUUUUCCUUUCCCCCAAAAAUAGUACUCUGGGAGCGGUCUCUGUCCUCGAGACAACAAAUUGCAACAUCUGGGUCAGUGCCAGUGAAGUAGCCCCUGAGCCACUCGUUGAAGACAUUUUACGAGAUCGUCCCAUGAAGCUAUUGCAGCUGCCUCUACUCGAAGAGCUACUUGAUGCUGGGUCCACCGAGGCUUUCCCUUUCUCAAAGAACUUUGAGGCAGCUAUCAAUGAGCCAUUCUGUUACCUCCACACGUCAGGUAGUACGGGAGUGCCAAAACCGAUUCCGUGGUCCCAUGGUCUCAUUGGUACCAUGGACGCUGUCCGAUUGCUACCCCCAGCUCCAGGUUUUGAUGGGUUGCUUCCCUGGACUUCUGACUGGUUGGACGGAGAUACAAUCUACUCGUCGUUCCCAAUGUGCCACGGGGCUGGAAUUAUUAUGAAUAUCCUUAUGCCUGCAUUCUUCAACUUGCACUGCGUUUUAGGUCUAGCUGGAGCGCUUCCAAACAUUCGACUUGUCGAGACUCUUGCUGAUCAUAUCAAAAUUGAUAUCUGGAGCAUGGUUCCCUCUCUUGUCAAUGAACUUGGAGAAACACCAGAGGUACUCGCAAAACUCAAACCGUCGAAGUUCAUUUGCGCAUCUGGUGGCCCUGUUAGCCCAAUUAGUGCUGGCAAGGUUAACGAUGUUGUGAGGGUUCUGAAUUUGACCGGAACUACUGAAGGUCUUUUUAUUGGCAACCUUGUUACUGCAAGGGAAGAUUGGUUUUGGUUCUGCUUCCACCCUUAUUCGGGGUUUGAGUUCAAGGAGAUUGGGGAGGACACUUAUGAACAUUGGAUACACCGCAACGAACACUGGCCUCUCUUCCAAGGUAUUUAUCAUACCUUCCCGGAAAAAGAGUCAAUCAAUUUCAAAGACUUGUAUAUGAAACACCCUUCCAAGCCCCCUCUGUGGGCAUUCAAGGGCAGAAGCGAUGACCUCGUGGUUCUAUCGACCUAA